GAGGACCUCAGAUGAUGCUAACCCUGAAUCAACAACAGAACUAACAAUUAUUGCUACAAGUGUGACUGCAUCAUAUAAUAACUGCUGUUAAUAAUGUUCGUCGUCUGUUAUUAACUGUUAUUAAUGUCAUUAACUGCAUGAAUUUUACAGUAUUUCUACUAUCUGUACAUCAGGUUAGUCACCGCUGAUAAGCUACUUCUAAAUAUAACAGAAACUUUAAUUUUCUGUAAAGCUACUUACUAAUAAAGUGAGUCAGAACAGUAGCUCUGGUUUUUACUGAUGUGGAAGUAUGUGCUUAUUUCUUUUAACCAAAUGUUUCUGUGGCAUCAAAGCUUGCAGAACAAACUCAGGAGCUCUGAGAGCUAGCCAUGCUCAGUUUUCUAGAUGAAUGCAUUAUUUAGUUAAACAAACGACUGGUAAAUAUAAUACACAAACAGUGCAGGUUAAAUGCAUGAUGUGUUAGGAUCAGGUCGCUCAUCGAGGACGGAAACCUUGAACAAGAAUCCCAUCAAUGAAAAUGUUGUACGUUUGUGUGUCUACAAGCUUAAAUUGUGUUCAAAAAGAAAAUCUGAAUGAAAUCUGAAAGAGUGUAAUGACCUGUGAGUGAAGCAGACACACUGGAACCUGAAGUCUUGGAGUGAGCUGAAAUGAACACGUGUUUGUUAUGAGAGUGGAGGUGAAGCUCGUCUGUGGCUCAGAGCCAGAAAUGUGUGUAUUUGCAAGAUGUUACAGAAGAUUUACUCAUUUGUUCCUUGCAUCACCUGUUUACGUGAAGCUCUGCUCGCAGCCCGCAGUUACAUCACAAAACCUGGAUUUCUUUUCUUCAGCCAAUAAAAGACUAGUUCUAUUUGUUGACCCAAAAGAUCUGCCACAAUUGGUGGUGUCCAAGCGUCCCACCUCUGUGUCCCGCGGGAGAGACACCAAACUAAGGACACGUCUGAGUUGGGAGAUGGUCAGACCGACUCUGAGGAUCGAAGCAGGACGCCUCUGUGUUCAGAAAGCAGUGGCUCAUCUCAUCACCAUGUCAAACACCUCGUCUCUGAGUCUGAACUCCAGCGUCUCUGGGUGGCGCCGUCCGCUCUGGUACCAGUAUGAAGUGUGUGCGGACGCUCCUCAUUGGUUCAUCUUCUACUUUGGUGUGAAAGUCUUGAACCUGGUUGCAGGAUUCCCAAUGAACGCGCUCGUGUUGUGGCAGAUUCUGAGGAAGAAGAGUGAAGGCUCGACGUCAGACGUCUUUAUCCUAAACCUCUCCAUCCUCGACGCCUACUUCGGCCUCAUGACGCCGGUGGACAUGGCCAACCGUCUGUACUUCAACGAUGCAUCCGUCUGGUACUCCCAGCGUUUCGCCUACGGACUCAAAGACGUGACUCCGUUGUUUCUCACCUGUAUUUGUCUGGACAGGUACAUCGCUGUGGUCCAUCCCAUCCUCUUCACAGGGAUCCGUGACACUCGCUUCCGGAUCGGCAUCUCGCUGCUGGUGUGGGGACUCGUCCUGGCCUACUCUCUGACCAAAUGCAUUUUAGGCGUCAUGAGCGUGAACGAGGUCUUCAGCGGAGUCAUCCUCUCGGCCUUCUUCAUCAUGGUCUUCUGCAACCUCUCCAUCAUCUGGGUCCUCAGGAAGAGCGUCGCAGGGAAAGAAGUCAUGAACCCGGUGAAGAAGAAGGCCUUUAAAAUGGUGCUUAUCGUCCUCGCCAUCAUCGUUGGGAACUAUCUGCCUCCCGUGGCUCUGAUGCCGUUUGCCUCCACCUUCUCGUUCAAGAAGCUGCAUUGUAAGGUUCUUCUUGGUGUCUUCUCCAUCAUGGACCUGAGCUGCACCAUCGAGCCCCUGCUCUACAUCUCUAAGAUGGACCGAUCCACGUUCUGUCGAUGCCUGCAGAGUCCUUCCAAGAAACCCAUCACCGUGAGGGUCUGAAAUUAAAAACUGACUGAUUUUAGAGUGAUUUUAUAUGAUUGUAGACCUUUGGGUUGUCAUUGUAUCUUUCUAAUCCAGUGGCUCUCAACUGGCGUCAUUAACAAAACUACAUAACAUU